GCCUGGCUUGCUCUAACUCUUUAGAAAUGUUUGCAAAUAAGUAUACAGAUGAUGAUGAGAUAGAGGAAGAGAUUACCGACCCCUUGACCAUUAUUAAUAAGGAGAGGGACAUCCAGAGACUCCUCCUGAGCAAUAAUAAGUCUAUGAGGCCAGAUCUAUUGGACCGGUUGAGAGCAACAGUUAGUCCUUUGAUUGUUAAUAUGGCUCUCAACUCAAAGAAUUUGACAAAUGUGGUACUGAAGAAAGUCUACGGGAUUUAUAGGAAGCCAGUUAAUACCAAUCUGCAUUUUGUUGAUAAGAAUACCUGUGUUUUCCUUGUUUCAAAUCACCUUGCAGUUCAUAAUUUACAGAGUGAUGUGACUCAGUAUAUCGAACUGAGCACGAAUAUCUAUAAUCCUACUUCUAUAUUUUGUACCCAGUGCAAAGAGGAACCACUUGCAAAAAGAGGCAGCCUAGAGGAGAGCAAGGAGGACUCUGGAGCUGACUUCGACAAUCCUAUUUCAACAGUUCCAAGUCUUUUUGCCUACGCAGAAGAAUGCAGAGUAGCAGAUGAGAUUCCAGCUAAUCAAAAAUUAAACAUUAAAACAAUAAUCACCAAGACUAAAAAGCUUAAAACUCCUUCUUCCAGUUCCCCAUCUGCAGGGAAGGGAAGUCCAAGAGCUCAGAAGGUAGUGUAUGUCGCUAAUGUGACAAUUCUUCGGCUUUUUGACAGUCAGCCUCCUAAGAGUUAUACCUUGUCUCAUGCUUUUUAUGAGAAAUUUGAUGUGAAACAGAUCUUCAUAAAGGCAAAGGAGAACCUUGUUUACACUCUCUGUGAGAAUGAGGAGCAGUGUCAAUUCAUUACAGUGUGGAACUUCAAAAAGCACCUAAUCUGUUACAAGCAAUUGCCAAAAUAUGUUUGAAAAUUCGUAGUGUACCCUCACAAGGCAGACUACCUUCUCAUGCUAGGAACGAACUACUUCAAGUCAUGGGACAUUAACUUCACGAAUAAAUCUAUUAAGGAGAACAGUAAUCCUCUGAUCACGAUGAGGCUUGAGAAAGAAAACGAAUUCGUGGAUCUCGAGUUUAUAAAGGGUACAGAAAGCUUCAUUCUUUUGUCAAAGACUGGUAACCAGAUCUUCGUCUUUGAGAAGAAGACCCUAGUCAACCAGCUCGCUAACUAUAAAGAAACCAGUGCUAAGGAAGAGAGUGAGGAAGACUCCUUCGUAGAGAAACUAGACUUCAGCGAAGACGAGGAGGAACGUAAAGGAAAAGCAAGGUUCAUAGGCGCUAAAGGCGAAAAGAUCAGGCUCAAUAAGGGCCACGAUGCCUCUAUUAAGGAUAAGAUCGGCGGUCAUGGGUUUUUGAAUAAUGAAAAUGCCCUCUCAGAGCCAGAGUUUGAGUGACUUGUGGCUACUAAUAAAUAUUUGAUCAUUGGUAUGAAGCAAGGGUAUAUUAUUGUCUUUGAGAAAUCAAUCAAAAAUGCAGUUAAAUUCGUUGGGAAAGUCAGACUUGGUGAAAGAUAUAUAACAGUUAAGGAACUAUGUCUAAAUAAAUCAGAGGAUAUCCUUGGAAUAACUGCUGUCUGUCCUUAUCAAGUAGAAGAAUGAGAAACAACAGAGACUGAAAACAAUGAAAACAUGUCUAAAUUUAGUCCUCCUGAUAAUAAAGAUCCUGAGAAAACUAAGGAUGGAAAAACUUUCUUGUUCACUCAUAAGAAGACUAUUAGCACCAAGAAGGAGUAUAAGUUCAAAGAAAGAGUUGAGAUAUUAUACGUUCCUCUGAAAUCCUUAAUUUCUUCUCUCACUCAUGCUCAAUUCAGAAAAGUGUUUGACAAAGGAAUUCAUAAUGGAUGCAUCUAUGACAUGUCAGUGUGCAGAAAUAAAAGCGUCCUCGUCUCUUUAGGAGAGGACGCAGUCAAAGUGUUCAACCAUUCUAACGAGUGGACAACUCAUAAUACAUUUGAAUUUGAGGAUCAACCAUUAUGCAUAAAUCUUCACCCAUCAGGAAGUCAAAUAGCAGUAGGAUUCAAGACAGGGACCAGACUUUACCAGCAGUUGGAUAAUGAGCUUAAACUGUCCUUUGAGAAAUUCGGAAAGGCUACGAUUACUAUUGCUUAUAGCCAUGGGGGACACCUCUUAGCAGCAAACAGUUCAUGAUACAUCGAUAUUAUCGACCCAAUCAGACUACAAAUGCUUUACACUCUUUGGGGGCAUAAAGGUGUAGUGAGAUCCUUGUACUGGACCCCUGAUUCCAAAUAUUUGGUUAGCACAUGUAACUGAGGAGGUAUCUUCUUCUGGAGAGGAAAUUUCAAAGAUUUUGGAUACAAUAAAGGUCAGGAUGAGAUAGAGCCUGUCAGUUCAUUUUAUGAUGAGACAUCAUUCUUUUAUAGCUGUUUUUAUGAUCAGAGCUUUGAUUGCCUGAUUACACUCACUUCUCACUCAGUCCUAAAAAUAUUCAGAGAUUAUGGCAAAACUCUGUAUCAUGAGGAUCACCUUAACGGCUUUACAGCAAACUGUAUGGAAUUCUCUAAAGAACUUUCAAUAAUUGCUCUCGGAACUACAGACGGAUGCGUUAUUUUCAAGAGUUGGCCAAUAUUAGAAGACCCAGAGCUGAACAGGACUUUCUUGCUAAAUCUAGACACACAUUCGAUCACAAACUUAAAAUUCUCAUCAUGCUACAGGUUUCUCUUUGUCUCGUGUGAUAAUGGGAAUAUAUACUCCCUGAUAUGAUCAGCCUCAGAUAAAUUGAUCAAAUUCCCACCUGAGAUGGACUUUAGCAACCAUUUCGAGGACAGUGCACUGCAGGUUCUCCAAAAGCGAAGAGAAGUGAAUAAUUUUAAGGGGUUUUCUAACACAGACAACCUUGCUUUGAUCAAUAACUUCACUCUGUACAAGGUCAAUGACAAAAUCUCCAAACUUCAGGAACAGAUCAAGACCUUAGUUGUCAAGUACAAGGAAGAGCUCAGGAAAAUUAUCAAGCGGUGUAAGAAGCACAAGAAGAUGAUCGAGGACGAACUUGAGUCUGAAAAACAGAAGCAAACCAACCUUUAUGAAGAGACUAUUGAGAAGAACCGGGCUGAAAUCACCCGUCUCCAGAACCAGUUAGACAACGCACAGAAAGCUCAUGAUGAAAAGACACAAGAAUUUGUAGAAAGCAAGGAGAAGCUACUUAAUUACGUCCUUCUAGAAAAUGAUGACCUUGAAAGAGAAAUCCUUAAGCUAAAUGAUAAUAUCAUCAAAGGUCUCAAUAAGGAAGAAGCAAGACAUAGAGAAAUGAUCGAGGAGCUAGUCAAGAAAUACGAACAAUCCAGGGAAAACAUGAAAGACGAAAUCACCAGUACAGUCAAGAAGCUCAAAGAAAGCGCUGGAUACUACGAAGAGGUCCUUGGUGGUGCUGAAGAAGUCUACGAACUUGAGAUUGAGUCCAAUGAGAAAACUAAAGAAAAACAAGAUGCUCAGAGUAAAGCUCUUACUAUGGAGUCACAGGUUAAUGAUACUAAAUAUACCAAACACCUGCUGAGCAUUGAGCAUGAGAAGAACGAGAAGUUAACUCAGGAUUGCCAUAAUGAUUUGGUGAAGGAAAAGGAUUUCCUGAAACAAAUUACUGAGAAAAUUUCAAAUACUUUGGAAAAGACAGAAAAUUGCCAGAAGUUAAUUGGACUGAAGAAAAUCCAUAUUGAGCAUUUUCAGAAAGAGAAAAAUAAUCUUGAGAAUUUGAUCAUUGUUCUGUCAAAUAGGAUUCAAGAGCUGAGCGAUGAAACCGAGCCUUUAAGGAAUAAGAAGAAAGAGUUGGAGAAUACAGUCAAGAAUGCGUACAAUGAGCUUAUACAUGAGUUCAAUACCAACAAGCUUGAGGAUCUCAAGGUAGAAUCUUAUGACAAAAAGAUCCGUGUGCUGAAGGAGACCAUCACCGUAAAUACCAAACUUCACUCUUCCAUCCUUACCAGGAUGACUCAGGUCUUAAGAGAAUUGCAUAGAAUUGGGCAAACUGCAGAGCAAGUGUCAGCUGUGUCAGGAAAAGUCACGAUCAUAUUAGAAAAUCUGAAUAUUUUAGAGAAUGCAAAAACAUCGAAAGAUAUCGAAUCAAAUCCUCUGAAAUUUCCAAAAGUGUCUACACCUCCUUGGAAGACUUGUAAGGAUAAGAAUGAUAUCAAUAUUUACACCCAGAAUGAGUUAUCCAGGCAGAGGGAUGAUCUCCAUAAGCAGAUAAAUGAAGAAGUAAAGGCUCAGAAGAAUUAUCAUAAAAAGAAGGAAAUGAAGAAGAGCAAGAAGAUCCUUCAAGACAAUGUUAAGCUUCUCGAAGAAUUCAACUACCUUAAUUUUGAAAAUAAGAAGAUUAGAGACCACCAGAAGUUGAUAGAGAUGUUCAUGGAGACCGUCCUGGGUAAAAAUAAUUACAAGCGCAUGUUGAUGUCUAUUGAGAAUGAUGCUAUAAUGGGCAAGCCUAAGAAAGCUCCAAAACCAAUGAGACACAAGAGGAAAGCGAGUGGGCAUCAGCCUAAUGUCCCAAAGCUUAAUGGAGAAGAUGCUAAAAAUAGUAGUAGAGGAUUUGAUCCAAAAACGUUCAAGGCCAUUUUGGAAGAAUUCGAUAAAAAUAAGCAAAAUGUGGCUGAUCAAAAUAAAGUAAUGGAGGAUAUCCAGAACAAAAUGAUGAGCGUUGCGAAGGAGUUCAACCUCAAGAGAUUUGUGGGAAUCAAUGCUGAUCUUGAGAACAAGACUAAUCCUCCCCUCUCUUCCCAUUCGGGAUCUCAGUCACAUAGAGUAUUGCCUGGAAGUACUACCCCUGAUAGUUCAGAGGUGACUAACUUCGUACCGUUGACUGGUAGAAGCAGUGAUAUUAGAAAUAAAGCAAAAUUGGAAAUUGAAAAGGCAAAGGUUGAACCCAAGCAUAUGAGGAAGAGGUCUCUGCCAUCUAUUAAAGAAUAAAAAAUCGAAUAUUUUA